CAUACUCACCAAGAGAAAAUGGCCAAAGCUUCUUCCAAAACUGGAUCAUUCACCUUGCUCACCAUCUUCAUUGUUUUUGGUUUACUAAUUAACAUGAAGCUGCCAGGGGUAGAAGCACAAUUGCGGUGCAAAAGCGUUGCAGAUUGUACGGAUCUCAGAUGUACUGACGGCCCUGUUCAGUGUAGUAAUGGCAUAUGUGUAUGCGGUGAUGUUGCUGCAGUUGAUAAGUUGUCAACUUCAGCUAAUUGUAAAACCACAUCCAACUGCAAGAAAGAUUAAUGUUCUUGCUCUUAAGUGCAUCGAAAGCGACCUAUAUGUCGAUGUGAAACCCUAAUUUAUUUUUCUUUUCACCAUCUUGAAUAAAAUUUUAAAAUACUAAUUUAGUUGU